ACCUAUCACCUAUCAGCUCCUCUCAUCUUCCAACGGGAUGCAAAACUUCUCCGGAGAGGAAGGAAGCAGCUCCUCACUGUUGUCAGAUCUUACUGCCACUCCCUUCAGCCUGUUGACUAGGUGGGUUAGUGAGACACUAGUGCGACUCUCCUCAGCCUGUUGACUAUUAGGUCUAGGUGAGUUAGGCAGGACAGAGUGAGACCAUGGCCAACUCAGCUCUGGAGAUCGUUGGCUUGUUGCUGUCUCUCAUCGGUCUGAUCGGGACAGCUGCUAGCACGGGGAUGCCCAUGUGGCGCGUGACGGCCUUCAUCGGCGAGAACAUCAUCGUGUUCGAGACGCGCUACGAGGGUCUGUGGAUGAAUUGCUUUAGACAGGCCAACAUCAGGAUGCAGUGUAAAGUGUACGACUCCCUCCUGGCUCUGCCUCCAGACCUGCAGGCGGCCAGGGGUCUGAUGUGCUGUGGCUUGGCCCUGGGAGGGGUGGGGCUGCUCGUCUCUAUCCUGGGCUUACAGUGCACGGCCUGCAUCCGGGACAACGACCGGGCAAAACGCAUGGUGCUCAUCAUCGCUGGCAGCAUGAUCCUCGGGGCCUGCAUCUGCGUCAUCAUCCCAGUCUCCUGGACAGGUCACACUAUCAUCCGUGACUUCUACAACCCCUUGCUGAUCGACGCCCAGCGCAGGGAGCUGGGAGAGGCUCUCUACAUCGGAUGGGUCUCCUCUGCUUUCCUCUUCGCCGGCGGCUGCAUGUUCUGCUGCUGUAACAUCAAAGAGGAUAAAAGGCAAGACAAAUACAUGUACUCCAGGAACAGCCCUAGUCAAUACAUGUCUUACGCCCCUCAACCACAGUACCAGCCACAGUACCAGCCCCAGCUCCAGCCCCAGCUCCAGCCCCAGCCUCUACAGAGACAGCCGUCCAGUUACAGCUAUCCCGGCUCCAACCACUACCCCUCCAGGUAUCCGUCGGAACGCAGUGCUGUGGCUUACCUCUGAGUGUUGAGACUAAAGGGAGGGAAAGAGACUUACGUGUUUUAUACAGACUGGAGGAACUGAUGUGUUCUUAUGGGUACGCUUUGAAAGAAGGCUUUCAGUUGUUAAAAUAUGCAUAUCGGCAUAAAGUAAGAGACUAAAUGAUUGUAAUACACUGUGAAACUCACAAAGAGAGGAUUAAUCGUAGAAUUAUCAUAACAUGCAUUUCAGUUGAGAAAAAAAAAACGUGUCUAUCGGAUUUGUUUGUAAGAAAGCUGUUUAAAGAUACUAAAUACACUUAUAAUAGAUUAACUGUGAACUCAGAAAGAGAAUACCUUGAGGGAACCUUAAUCCUAAAAAAAAAAAAAUAUUAUCCUUUGUUUUCAUAUUUGUAUUUACUUUGUAUUGGUGGGGUGUAUAAGCACAAGUUUUUUUAUAAUGACAUCCCUAAAGAUUAUUUGUGUAAAUAUAUUUACAAAUUGUGUUGAUGUGGUUGUGUGCUUUGUGCAGUAAAUGUAGGGUUCUUACACAUAAUACCCCCUUAGUUACAUUAGGUGUUACAUAAUAUGUAGCUUUUAUAAUGUAAAAAGCAAUUGUCAUGUAUGCAUCCCAAAGGGCACUCUAUUCCCUAUUUAGUGCACUACUUUUGACCAGGACCAAUAGGAAAUAGGGCCCAUAGGUUUCUGGUCAAAAGUAGUACACUAAUAUAGGUUGCCAUUAGGGAUGCACCCAUUAUCCUUCAUUUUAUUAUUUCAUUCCUAAAGUAUCUGAUUAGACAAAAUCAUCUCCUAUUGACAGAUAUGUAGCUGACUGUGUGCUGUAAAGUGACAUUUCUGCUAAUGUGUUUUGGAGAAGAGCAGCACAGGGCUGGCUUUGUUCCAUUGGCCCCCCCCUUGACAAAGAUCCCCCUUGACAACGGUCCCCCUUGGCAAAGGUCCCCCUUGGCAACAUCAACAAACUACAAGACAGUCCUGGAUGUGUUAAAACACCUGUGUUGUUACUGCCAUUUUGUAAUGUUUGGGAGUAGACAAACAAUGACAGUAUCGUUUUGUAAUAUUAUCCCCUGGGGCAUCCUAUUCCCUACAUAGUGCACUACUUCUGACCAGGGCCCUAUUUUCUAUAGGGUGCUAUUUAUAGGGAAUAGGGUGCCAUUUGGGACACAUCCUCUCUGUGUUGACAGCUUGAUGGAAGGACUAAUGGAAGUAAAUACAAGGCUGGUUGUUGAAGGUGUGGACCCAGAAGCAGUAGGGUAGAACAGAGGACUUUUGUCAAAGCAAACAGAGCAUUACGGACUAAGAACUAGGGCUGGGUUCAAUCCCUAGGUCAGCGUUGUAGUGGGAUUUGACAUUUAAAUUCACGGUUAACGCUGCAUAUGUUAAAAGUUAUUUCAUUUCAAAUGAAUUAAAAAACGUUAAUCGUUUCAAUUAAGUUGAGGUAAGUCUUUCAGCUUCUGGAAUACGAACAAGCUUUUUCUGAAUUACUCAUUGACAUUUCAUUAUCUGGUGCAAGCUAAUGUAUAUAAAAGUGAAUACCUUCAGAAGCAAUGUAAGACUUUGAUUUACACAUUACUGAUUAAAUGAAACAUUGAUAUGUAGUCA